AUGUUUUCCGCUUUCAAAGCUAGUUACUCACCUGAGGUGACGGCCCUUACCAAGAAGCACGGUGUCAGCGAUGCACUAUUCAUCAAGAAUCUCGGGUAUUUCACCAACAUCGAUCUGAACAAGGUUGGUGAGCAAGGCUUCAUCGCCAUGAGCACCGGCGUACGUAAGAUCACCUCUGGAUUGAAAGACCCUGCUGGACUAACAUCAAUCGAGUGUCUCAUCUUGGCCUUUUGGUCUAACCACCUUGGUGGUGCAAAAGUAGCGUUUCUCACGGAACAUGCACAUACAAUUCAUGAGGCACGAGGACGGACAGGGCCGUUCUCAAAGCAUGACCUGGAAUUUAUCCGUUGGACUGUUGAUGCUAUAAGGAGAGAGAUUGCGACAACAGAUGUAAUGUUGGCUGAGGUAUGUACGGAGCAUGGAGAUAUCCUGGAUGUGGAGUUUGAGAUGCGUACUGAAGAAGGAAUGAAACGUCUCUUGACUGGAAAGAUGAAGUCUCAACAGUUGUACACAUCGGGGGAAGAAAAGAUGGCAGCUAGAGUGAAUAUGCUUAAUUCCCUCUUUAUCAAGGAUCAAGACAUGGACAAAAUGACAGACCCGACACAGAUCAGCACGCUAGCUGGAGUAGACAUGGCGAUCUCUCGGAUUGACGCAUAUAGAGAAAGACUUGAUAGCGAGAGAAUUCGUCUUCGGAAUGAUUUCAAGGCUCUAUGUCACAAGAAAGACUUCGCUGACAAGAGACUCAAGGCAUUGAGCGAGAAGCGUGGGUAUUUGGCGAGCUUGAAAUAG